AUGUCUUUCAGAAAAGCAGCAGCUCGCUUGUACGAUAAGACUGUGCUUAUCACUGGUGCCUCAAGUGGUAUCGGUAGAGCAACUGCCUUGGAGUUUGCUGAUGUAACACAAGGGAAAAUCAAAUUGAUCUUGACAGCCAGACGUCUUGAAAGACUCAAUUCUUUUAAAUCUCAGCUUUCUUCACAGUAUCCAGACAUUAAGAUCCAUACAGAAUUCCUCGAUGUGUCCAAGAUCAACACGAUCAGAGAGUUUUUCUCUCAUAUUCCAGAGGAAUUCAAGGACAUUGACGUAUUGGUGAACAAUGCCGGUCUUGCUCUUGGUAAGGAACAGGUUGGGGAAAUGAAACAGGAAGAUAUCGAUACCGUCUUCAACACUAACGUGAUGGGUAACAUCGAGGUUGUGCAAAAUAUCGUGCCUUUUUUCAAAAGGAAAAAUAGUGGGGAUAUUGUUCAAUUGGGAUCUGUUGCUGGAAGAGAACCGUACGUUGGCGGAUCAGUUUAUUGUGCUAGUAAAUUUGCAAUUAGAGCCUUCAACACAUCCCUUCGUCAGGAAUUGAUGAACACCAAGAUUAGAGUCAUUGAAGUACAACCAGGAGCUGUUGAUACCGAAUUCAGCACCGUUAGGUUUAAAGGUGAUAAGAAACAAGCUGACGCUACAUAUGUUGCUGAACCACUAUAUGCCGAAGAUAUUGCUGAUACUAUUGUUUACGCUGUCUCAAGAAGACAAAAUGUUGUCAUUGCAGAAUCAUUGAUUUUCCCAAACAAUCAAGCUGGUGGUGGCUCAUUGAGAUGGGAAGACCCUGAGUGGACAGGAAAGAAAUAA